UAUCCCUCACCCCACUGCACUGCAACGCCAUACCGACUCGUCUUAUAUAGAAAGCACUCACGCCCGUCAGAAACCCCUCUGCAACGUCGUCCCUCAUCAGCAAAUUUGCCCCAUCAAAGACACGCGCCCCAGCUCAGACCAGCAACGAAUUUAGAGACUCCUCUACCUCCUCUUCUUACCUCCCCUAGUCCUCUCGAUUCUACAGCGCCCAUCUCGACUGUAGGCUUGUGAAACCUUCUGUCGACCAAUACGGCAAUGUUCAAAAAGGGAUCUGCAUCCUCCACUGGUACAUCGUCAUCCAAGGUGUCAAAGAAGGAUUUGAAGAUGCAGGCAAAGGAUAAGAGUAGUGGUAGGCCGGGCAACCUGGACACGGCACAGGAGCAUACGUUGGACAAGUUCCGAUCGCAGAUUGAGGAGAAGGGCAUCUAUAUUCCGGAGCGACAUGAUGAUGCUUGCUUGUGCCGGUUCCUGCGAGCGCGCAAAUGGGAUUUGACUGCCACUAUGGCGAUGUUCGAAGAGUCGGAGAAGUGGCGAAAGGACUUCAAGGUGGAUGAGCUGUAUCACAACUUUGAGUACCCAGAGAAGGAGGCGGUCAAUGAGGUGUACCCACAAUACUAUCACAAGCAGGACAAGGAUGGCCGCCCGAUUUACAUCGAGCAGCUGGGCAAGCUAGAUCUCAAGAAGCUGUACGAAGUGACCACGGCCGAACGUCAGAUUCAGAAGCUCGUAGUGGAGUACGAGAAGUUCCAAAGAGAGCGUCUGCCCGUCUGCAGCGCCGAGCGGGGCGAGCGUAUCGAGACCUCUUGCACCAUUAUGGACCUCAAGGGCGUUGGUCUGGGCCAGUUCUGGAAGGUGUCUGGCUACGUUCAGCAGGCCUCGAACAUUGGCCAACAUUACUACCCUGAGACUAUGGGUCGGUUCUUUGUGAUCAACGCACCUUACCUCUUCACCACAGUCUGGCACGUCAUCAAGGGCUGGCUCGACCCAGUGACGGUGGAGAAGAUCCAAAUCUUGGGAAGCGGCGCUGACAAGACUCUGCUAGAGUACAUCCCAGCAGAGAACCUGCCGACAACGCUGGGUGGCAAGUGCCAAUGCCACGAGCGAGGCGGAUGCUCGCUUUCGGACGCUGGACCGUGGAACACACCGGAGGGGCAGGAGAUCAUUGAGCAGGUGCGGGCAGAGGAGCAUCAGAAGGCAGAGGAGCACGCAAAGGGCGCCUCGAAUGGAGCAUGAGUAGUCGCGUGCAGCGGAUCACUAUCAGACGGCCGAAGGGUGUGGGGU